GCCUUUUCUUCUCUGCUUCUGCUUUUUCAAUGGCGUUGCAUUACACGAAAGACGCCCCGGAUCCGCAGCUGCGCGCUCAUUUCACUGCGCUCGCUGCGCUUGAGAAGGAGCCCUUUGCACAGCUCGUUACGAUUGUGUUUGGCUUCCUGAGCCAGCCGCAGUCGGGACUGCUGCUCGAUCAGCUGCAAGAGUUUGCCACAACGCACGGCACCGACGUCCAAGUCCUGCGCGACAUUGUGCGCAGUCUGCUGCUCUUCCUCAAGGCUGCCACGCGACUGUCGCUCACUCCCAUCCAUGUCAAGGAAGAUCUAAACCAGCUCGGUCUCGAGGAACCCAAGGCACGAUUCGUUGCCACGCAAUGGAAGAACAACUCGGUGGCUGUGACAAAGACGAUGGUCGGCCAAACGCUGAUGGUCAACCAACUGAUUGACAUGGAAUGGCGAUUUGGCAUCACUGCAGGAAGCAGCGAAAUCCGAUCGAUCGGCUCGACGUUCUUGCAGCUCAAGCUUGUGUUGAAUCGUGGCAACGGCCCGGAAGACACUUUCAUUGAACUCACACUGCCGCAAUUCUACACUUUCUUGCACGAGAUGGAAAAGGCCAAGACAAGCUUGGACCACAUGACAUGAGCUGAUGAUGCACAGCUGCGGCCACUCGCUGUCAUAAAAAUUGAAUGAUGUAAAUGCCAAGUGGAAAAUGUUAUGACUAGCCGAUUAAAAAAACACUAUGGGAUAA